AUGGCAUGUCCUCCCAUUUACAAGACAGAUCAGGCCAAACUAGAGGCAUCUCGUGAAAGACGCCGGCGUCACUAUGCAAAAAACAGGGACAGUAUACUGCAAAGGCGGCAAGAGCUUCGCAUAAGCAAGCCAUCACAGGAGAUAUUGGAACUUCAAAAAGCUCUUGCUGAGGCCUUGGAUUAUGAAGAUGAUGCUACUACAUCCGAGACGGAGGCAGACGAUGACGAGAACGAGAAUGACCAACUAUUUGAUCUCCAAGCGUCCCUCAUUGCUAUCAAAAACAUCAAGGACGAGAUGCUGGCAUUAGUCCCAGAACCCUGCGCAUUUAUGGAGGGUGUUGUCCUUCAAUAUGUCAAAAGCCUUCCAGAUGAUGGGAAUGGCAAGGGUGACACCUCGAUCGUCGACAGUCCAAAACUUAAGGUUGAAGUCUUACUCCGCCAUGCAAUUCCUGCACAGGACCAGAUCAUGAAUUUCUAUGGAGUGUCAGCUCAGUCUCGCGCCACUGAAUCAGUCUCACUUUGCUGUUUGUUCACGCGCCGAACCCAAGUACUGGGAGAUGAUUGGUCUAUAAACGUCAAGAAGUUAUUCGUGUGGUUAGCGCGGCGAACCUUAAGCUUAGAACUGGUUGAAAUCUCACGUACACCAACAUUUUCAAAAAAUCAACCCAGGACAGAAUGGGUGACAGCCGAACAAAAGGAAUUUCUGCAGGGAUUGUACAAUGAUUUCCUUAAGGUGCAGCUCGAAGCAACCUUGGCAGCCUUCUGGACUGAGGUUUAUCGCACCUGGUUUGAAAAAUGGCCCGAAAUCAGCAUCAUGUACCCUGGUGUUCCAGACCAUGAAUCCUUAACAGAAGAGCAGAAUGAAUUGUUAGGGAUCGCGGUCAAAAAAAGGCAUCAGCAACUUAGGACAUGGUUUAACUACCGAUCACAAAGGGGUGCUCAAGAAGCUUACACAGCUGCCAGUCCCGAUGUUCAGGCGUCUUGCAUCGCCACAGUGCAAGCAGAACGUGAUGCGAAAGCAAGCGAAGGACCUGACCCUCGCUACAAUGGUGACAUCAAUGUCAUCAGUUACCAUACUGGAGUGAAUGAGCAGGGUCAAAACUGGAUGCAAGCGACUCCUGAGUUCAAUGAAAGACACCUUAAGCCGUUCACUGCGUUUGUCUCGCGUCUUUUCUUGGAACAUAUGAGGAAGACACGGGCACUCAGCUAUGUCCCCCCAACACCCUCUCAACAAGAUACAUCAGUGCUUGGAGCUGAGCAAGGAGUCCCUGAGCCCGGGAUGCAGGUAUUCAGUCAUGCGCCGUUACCCCCUGCAUCUGCCCCGAUUGCGUCUUCGCUACUCUCUUUUGAUACUCCCAACUUCACUAGUUUGUGUGCCAGUGGAAGCAGCGGUUACAUGGAGUUACUGACCUUCGAUAUGUACGACGAUAACUUGAAUGUUCCACCCUCAUCUUCGACCUCUCUCAUGCCAUACCUCAACUCACCAUCCUCUUCACCAAUCUCCUCAUGGAACCGCAGUGCACAUGAUUCACAAAACUACACUUCUCCUCACAUUCAAUCUCAUGAUAUACUCGACAGCUUUCUUGACCAGACAGCUCCAUCUGACCUGGCACCUUUUUGGAUGUCCUGCAACCAUUGGGCCACGGAAUCUGGGGGCAAUGCAGCUGCAGCUACUGCAGACCUUGCCCUUGCGUCUUCAGCCAGUGAAGACGCAAUCACUGAAGCCUCCAAUGACCCUCAGCCUCCGUUAGGCACGGACUCGGAAUCUGUGGAUGCAAUUGUCGCUGAUGCUCCUCCGACGGUCAGUGCAACAAUUGUUGCUGAUGUGGCAGCUCCCCAAACUGCUCGCUCCAAUGGCAGCUCCUCAAACUACUCGCUCCAACGAUUGUCACUGACGUGGCUGGUUCCUCCAGCAGUCAGGAAGACUGGGCGCAUCCACAUGGAGACAACACAACUUGUACAGGCCAACAACAUUGGCCAAAAUAUGAAGCAAGCGAGGCUUGCUGCCGGACAUUCCAUUGCAAGGGGACCACCAAAGAAGAACCAGCCAAGGGACAAAUUUGGCCAGCAGAAGAGCCAGAAGGAGCGGAAGUCCAGAGGGAAGGAACAGGCCUAG